GCCCGCAUGGAGAGGAUGGAGCAAUUCCAGAAGGAAAAGGACGAGCUGGACAAGGGCUGCCGGGAUUGCAAGCGGAAACUCGCCGAAUGCCAGAAGAAAAUGAAGGAGCUGGAAGUGGCGGAGCAGGAAAACGGGAAGGGGGACCUGGAGCGGCUCCGGGCCGAGGCCCAGCAGCUCCGGAAUGAGGAGAAAAGCUGGGAAAACAAACUGGAGGAGCUGCGGAAGAAGGAGAAGAACAUGCCCUGGAAUGUGGAUACGCUCAGCAAGGACGGCUUCAGCAAGAGCGUGUUCAACGUGAAGCAGCCGGAUGAGGAGGAAUCGGAGGAUCAGAAGGAGAAGAAGCUCAAGACGUUCGUGGAGAGGAACGAGAAGCAGAUCAAGCACUUCG